UACCACAUAUCCCAGGAAAUGAUAGAAGGUGGAAUUACAUCCAGGAUGUCAGGAAUAAUUGAGAAUGCUGGGCAUCAUCCAUCUCCACAGGACUACAGGCUUCUGACCACGGACCCCUCCCAGCUGAGGGAGGAGGACCUCCCUGGGGACCUGCAGUCUCUGUCAUGGCUCACCUCUGUGGAUGUGCCCCGGCUACAGCAGAUGGCUGAUAGCCGAGGCCACAGUAACGGGCCUUCCCAGGGCAGCUUGCUGGAGCAACAGACAGCUCAGCUCAGCAACAUGACUGCGAUGACAGCGGGCCAAGGCUCCAUGCUGCACCUCCAGAGCAACAUGCAGCACAGCCCUCUGGGAAUUAGCAUCAUCAACACCCACAGCGGAAGUAUGUCUCCAUUCUCCAUGAAUGGGAUGCCCUCUCCGGGGUACCAGUGCCCUACCUCAGUCUACCAGCCUACACCCCAGCAGGUGUAUUCUCUAACCCAAACUGGACAACAGUGUUCAACUGGUGGGCUUUACAGCAAUGUCUCUUUCAACAACCAAAGUCUAUUCACACAACCUCGUCUGGCUCCACAGGACCAGGAGCUGCAGCCCAAGUCUUUCCCCAAGCCAAUCUACUCCUACAGCUGUUUGAUUGCCAUGGCUUUGAAGAACAGCAAAACUGGUAGCCUCCCAGUCAGUGAGAUCUAUAGCUUUAUGAAGGAACACUUCCCUUAUUUCAAGACUGCACCUGAUGGAUGGAAGAACUCGGUCAGACACAACCUGUCCUUAAACAAAUGCUUUGAGAAAGUGGAGAACAAGACGAGCAGCUCAUCCCGUAAGGGCUGUCUGUGGGCGCUGAACCCUGCCAAAAUUGACAAGAUGGAGGAAGAGAUGCAGAAGUGGAAACGCAAGGACCUCCCAGCCAUCCGUCGCAGCAUGGCUAACCCUGAUGAGUUGGACAAACUGAUCACAGAUCGCCCUGAGAACUGCAGACGUAAGGCGUUAGAGCCCGGCAUGACCCGGCUGCCCAGCUGUCCCACUGGCCUCCCGCUGCCCGUCUCAGCUCAGAUGCAGCCUCAGCCAAUAGUCACGCUGUCCCUGCCCUGUUUGCCCAUGCACCAGCACCACCAGCUCCAGGCUCAGCUCCACGCUCAGGCUCGUCUGGCCCCCAUGUCCCCAGCCCCAGCCCAGACACCUCCCCUCCACACGGUUCCUGACCUAUGUCAUAGUCCACUUACCCAGCACUCCAGCAAGCCGCCGGAUGAUUUCUAUGGUGUGCAUGGAGAUACACACACAGAGGUGGAUGCACUGGACCCGAGCAUCAUGGACUUUGCCCUUCAAGGUAAUCUGUGGGAAGAAAUGAAGGACGACAGCUUUAACCUGGAUGCUUUGGGUACCUUCAGUAACUCACCCCUCCGACUAUCAGACUGUGACUUGGGAACAGCCAACCUGACUCCUGUCUCCACUGGAAUGAACAUGCCGCUGUCAGAUGUGCAAGUGACGGGCCUUUACACCUCCUACACCUCCCAGGAUCACCUGUCCUCCCAGUACAUGGGCGCACCGGCCAACAGCAAGCCCAUCGCCCUGUUAUAAAGUAGCUGAACUGACUCAAAACCGAUUAAUUCAACUGUUUGUGGAUAUCUGUGGACUCCAGCUGAAGAAGACGGAGGUCAAAGACUGACUUCUGGUUACUUUGGUGCUUCUAAAAGUACAAAUCACACUGGGAACUACAUGGAGAAGGAUGUUUGAAAAUCAUUUCACUUACAGACCACAAGAAAACUGAUCAUUAAGAACUAAAACUGCUGAUAAAUAAAGACGUGGCUGUAAGAAGAAAGUAUGUAUGACUUUAAGUAUCUAGCUUUGCCAAGCAAAGACUCAAAGCCUGUAUGAGCACACAGACUCUAUGUGGAGAUGUACAUGUAAGUUAGCAUCCGCAAGUUUUUCUACAGUUCACUCUGCGUUUUAAAGCCCUACCAUACUGUAGCUCCCCGUCUCGUCUGUUGUAUCGUGCUAGACAUUAUUGCUGUGAUGUUUUAUUUAUAUUUAUGAAAAGGCAGCUGGAGAAGGUGAUGACUCCAUCAAUCUUUUGCUGUAUAUAUUUGAAUGUUUCAAAUUGCUA